AUGGUCACUCUCGGAGAAAGUUUCCCCCUUAGUGCCACUUCCUCCAUCAAGCCAUUUCUAUUGCACAGCUCACUCUGCACGAAGUCAGCAUGGCGAUCGCUUCUCUGUCUUCUGGUUCUUGCUGGCUUGCUAGGAUCCUUGGCUACCGAAGAUCUUCAGAAGAAGGUCUUCGUUUUCCCGAUAGAAUCAAACAACUCUGCUGUGUUUUUGAAGGCCCCGCUCCAGCAGCCGCUGACCGGUUUCACCGUGUGCCUGAGAUCCUACACCCUCUUGACCCGUGGAUACGGCCUCUUCUCUUAUGCCACCAAGAGAAACUACAAUGAAAUCCUCCUCUACAAGGUCGACCCAAACGAAUACAGACUUUAUGUGGGAGAUUCCGCUGUGACCUUCAGCCUUCCGGAAAAGCAGGGCUCAAAAUCUAAUUGGGAACACAUCUGUGUGAGUUGGGAUUCUGCCACGGGGUUAGUGGAAUUGUGGGUGGACGGCCGUCCUUUGCCACGAACGGGGCUGAAGAAAGGUUACUCCAUCAAUCCCGAGGCAUCGAUUGUCCUUGGGCAAGAUCAGGACUCCUUUGGAGGUGGCUUUGCUACCAAAGAGUCAUUUGUGGGAGAGAUGAAGGAUGUGUACAUGUGGGGCAGGGUGCUGACUGCUAACGAAGUGAAUCUUGUCUGGAACGACAUCAGAGUUGAUAACUGUCUGAUUAACUGGAAAGACCUAGAUUAUGAGACCAGAGGUUAUGUGGUUCUUCAACCUUCCUUGUUUCCGAGGUACUGAUUGAGGAAAUGUUCUUCUCUCUCUCUAUCUUAAAGCAGUCUAAAAAUUGUACAACACUAAUUCAGUAAAGGUUGUUAUGUCGAUUUCAAUGACCUUAAGACUUCGAUGGACAAACUGUCAGCGUAUUCUUCCAAUAAAACUUUAAUUUUGUUUCAUUUACUAUUGAUAAGAAUUUAUACGAAUCUCAUCAAACAGAAAUUCAACGAAGAAUUUUGCAAUAUUUUCCAUAGUAAACAUGGCUGUCCUUGAUGAUUUUUUAAAGAUGGAUUUGAGAAAAAUAAAA